AUGGCCACAAAAGGAAAAAAAGGAGAAGAAGCUAUUACACAACGUUAUCUACGCAUUACAGAUAUUGCUAAAGAACCAUUAGAUUUUCUCUCACCUAUUUGUGGAUAUGAGAAAAUGUCGUUAGUUUCACUCGAAGAAGCUGUUGAAAAACUUGUUGAUCUACUACCUACUAUCCAGAGUCAUGCUUAUAUUGCCAAACAGAAAUGUAAGAAACCAUCUGAUGGACUAUCUCAAGAUGAAUCAGCCUCAAUUAUGCUCUAUACAAUGGGAUGGGAACCACUUGACGAAUGUCUUUAUUUUGUUCUAAAUGAUACAUUACGUUCAGCCAAUCGAGAAAAACUCAAACCAUGGUUUCUUUAUUUGAGACUUUUUCUCAGUGGACUUUUUCGUCUACCAGUGAUUCGUGAAGUUGUACACAGAGGUAUCAAAAUGGACUUGAGCAAAGAAUACAGAAUGGGAGAAACAAUAAUAUGGUGGGGAUUUUCAUCAUGUACUACUGCUUUGAAUGUUUUACAAUCUGAACAAUUUUUGGGUAAGACAGGUACUCGAACCAUGUUUACAAUUCAAUGUGAAUCAGGCAGAGAUAUUCGUAAUCAUUCGUAUUUUUCAUCAGAAGAUGAAGUACUUUUACUUGCUGCAACACAAUUCAAAGUUAUCGGUUAUCUUGAUCAAGGUGAUUUACAUGUUAUCCAUCUCAAAGAAGAACCAUCGCCAUUUCCACUUUUGCAACCAGUACCAUUGACUUCUUCUUCGAACAAUUCAACUACUUCUAAGCCGGCUGUUCCACAAACAAAAACAGCAUCUCCAGAAACCAGUCGACCAUUUGAAAAACCGCCGUCAAUCAGUUUAGCAAGUAAACCUGUCAUUACUUCUGUACAACCAAAACCUACAGAAAUACUUCCAACACCACAACCAACAACUGUGAAACUAUCACAACCUCAGUGCCGAAAUCUCGACCUCGAGAAAAAACUUGCUGACAAUAAAAAUGUUACCAUGUUAAACUUGAAGUCGAUGAAUUUGACAGAUGAAGAUAUGGAAAUUGUGGCUUAUUGUGCAUUGAGAACCAAUACGGUAAAUGCUAUUGUUUUAAUUUUCUCUAUUGCAAGAUAG